UUUAUCAUAAGUUAUGCUACAUGACUCAAGUUUCACUGAAAUGAAUGAUAGUAACAAUAACACUAAGUUAUUCAUCGAAGAAUGCAAGGAACCUAUCGACAGACAAUGUGAUUGUGUUAAAGUUGAGGUAAUGUCUGAUGAAGGCGAAAUUUUGUCAGAGUGUGGACAAGAACUACAAGAAAUAGGAGGACUGAAUAACAGUGGAGAAACGGAAAAUCCAGUUCGCUCUUUAAUAGAAGCACACAUCGGUCAAAUACUGGGAAAAUUUGCAAGCAAUGAUCAGCCGUCGAUGACAGUUGCAUGUAUGAGCGGUUGUAUGCCCGUUGUGAAGUAUUUCGCAUUUAAUACACAAGUGGAUAUCAAUAAACGGGACAAAGAUGGAAAUACAGCGUUGAUGUUAGCAGCUCAGGGAGGACAUGUCAAUGUAAUACGAUUCUUACUGUGGAAUUAUGAAAAUAUUGCUGUAGACGCGGAAAAUUAUCUUGGCGUUACAGCAUUAAUGAAAGCAGCAUUACGGGGGCACUCAUUGUGCGCAAGAAUUUUGGUUUUGGCAGGUUCUGAUAUAGAAAAACGAGAUCGAAGUCGAAAUUUUUGUGCACAGGAGUGGGCGCUGUUGUGCGGGUUUAAGCAAACAGCUAAAGUCAUAAAAAGUGUUGGAACUGCAGGUCCAUUGCACAUCAGUAGAAAAGAAGUAAUAAAUGAUUUGAAACAGUCAAAAUUCGAUGCAGCUAAAGAAAUGUAUUCAACGGUGAAACGAAAAAUUUCAAGAACAUUUUGUGGGAAUAGACGGAAUUGGACAGACGACGUUGGAUCAUUAUUUUACUUAGUGGAUUCCACUGUUCACCCAAACAAUGUACUAUGGGAUAUUACCUGGGACAGGCCGUGCAUUCUUGAAGACGGAGAUUCUUCGAAAGAGCGAAAAAAUCAAAAUAUUACGAAUGAACAUCAGCAAGAAACUUGCUUACAAAGUUUUCAACAAAAUCAGAAAAAGAACAGUAGUCGAAAAUAUUCUGCUAAGGAAAUUCCAGAAAUUACGUGUACGGAUACAUCGCCGUAUACUCGAAGAAAAGUCAAAUAUAUGCAAAAGCAAUCAAAAGACAAAAAUGUAUUACAAAUUCCAUCAAGAAGGCGAAGAAAUGUAAUAACAUAAAUAAAAAUAUCGUCGGCGUAUAUAUAUGAUUCUCGUCUGGCAUUUUAGUUCGGAACAAAACGAAAAAGAAAUCGAAACGAUUCUGAUAUAUAUUUUCCGCGAUUAGAAUGAAGCGAAAGAUAAAAGUUGGUUCUUGGGAGACCACACAUGAGAUGCAAUAUGAUUUAACCAGACUAACGAUGCCUCAGAAGAACAAUAAUCAAACAGUCAAAAUUCGAGAAAGCUCGUAUUGCUUGUUUACGAGACACAUGUUACGUCUUUUCAAAAAUAAGAGAAGUGACCAAACAAUCCACCUUGGAAAUAAAGUGUGAAUAGUACAGCAUGUGAUAACUUGUUUUCUGUGUUUUACGAAAUUUUUUGUUAAUUAUAAUAUACAACUGGGUGAAAUUCCAUUAUUCUACAUAAGCCUAUUUGCAAAACACACUAUUAACCAUAACCCUUACUGUGAUUUGCUCAACUGAAUUGUGAUCCUACCAUCAGCAAUAACAACUAGAAUAAUCACUUCCAGAUGUUGUGGCACAAAGCAUACGAUAAAUUAGAAUACUGAUUUUUAUGAGCUUGUUUCGAUACAUCUGAACAUGUGUGCUAGAGAUCAUUUAACUCGUUGGCCUUCGCCCGCCGAUGAGCCACAGUAAGUCUGAAAUUCUCCACACAAAAUGUGCAAACUGCGUCUAAGAUUUCCCAGUAAGGACCAAUAAUAUUUAGCACGAAGUCUCAUUAUGAGUGGUUCAAAUUAAUGAAUUUAUUUUAUAAUCGAAUCUAAAUUAUCCCAUAUAUUGUAAAUAUUAUUGUGAUAAUACAUAUUUUCGUCUAUCAUAUAAUUUUCGCGCAAAAACAUGUAACGUGCAAAAAAUAUCUCCACCCAUCCAAAAGAGUAACACCAUUGUAAUUUGUAUUUCCCUAAAAAUGUGAACGAUAUCUUGAAAACAUUUCCAUAAAAUAUAACUUAUCUUCAAGCAUUUUUUACUGAUAUUUUACGCAAUUUAUUCAAUAGUUUGUUAUUAUUUAACUUUAGUUACGUCAAACAACUUUUUGUUGCAAGGUAAUUUUUAAUCAUUGUUUUGUCUACAAUUUUGGUUUGCAUGUUGCAAUAUUUUUUCAAUAAAAUCAAUUUACAUCA